CCCUUUUUUUUCUCCCAUCUCUUCAUACAUAAUCCUCCGCCCCUUCACCCCUAACCUCCCUUCCUUCUCCAUUUUGAUUUUCUUUUUUCUCUUCCCUCACCCAACCCUUCCCUGCUCUCCUUUCCCUUUCCUUCCACCACUCUCUCGUCUCCUUCUCUCUCCCCUGGACGGCGAGCUGUGUCAGCGGCGUGGAACACGAUGCGGGCGGACGAGUGGGUGGCGGCGGCGAUGACCGACGACACGGUGGUGGUCGAGCUGCUGGUGCGCCUGAAGCAGGCGCAGGCCGCGGUUCCAGCCAAACAGCAGCUGAUGCAGACGUAUUAUUCGUCUUUCGGCGGUGGCGGUGCGGUGAUUCCUGUCAGAUGGGGUCUCCGCCUCCCGAGGUCCAAGUCUGCGGCCGCCACGUCAGCUGGCUCCAUGAGAUGCGGCGGCGUCGUUUCUAGAAGGAAGGAAGGCGAUUCUUCCACCAGAUGCAGCCCGACGACUCCGCUUUCCUGGAGCGGCGGCGGCGGCGCCGCGUCUCCCUCCGCCGCCGGCGACGGCUACAAAGAGACCAGCAGCCACCGCUCCCCCUCCGGUUCCAGAUCCAAGCCGGGUCGGGUACGGAUACGGGCCAGGCGGGUUUAAUUAAGGGAGAAUGGGGCGAUGAUGGGUGGCGCGUCGCGGCCCAAUACACGCUGUCGGGGGCGCGGGGGCUGUCACGUGCAUGCUUCACGUGACUAUUUAAAGAUAGAGAGAGGGGUUGGGGAUUUUAAGCUUUGGCUCUGUAAAUGUGUCAACACGCUUCCUUCUGCUGACGUGGCUUCCUUCUACUGGUUGGGUCUGUCUGUCGUCGUGAAUUCCUCGGGGAGCCACUUCUUCUCCAUGGAUCUUCGAUGGUUCACCAUAUCUGGAUCGGAUUGAUUCCUGAAGGCUGAAGGUGAAAUGUGUAGAGCCUACUUUCCUCUCCUGGGUAAAAUUCCAGCUGUCGCCAUUGACGAGGAGGGGUCUUUACUUUUAAAAUUAAUCCCUUGACGAUCUCUCUCCACUACAACUAGGGUUUUCAUAUUUGAAUAAAAUAUAUACAGUAUCUCGUUCAUCCUAAUCCCAUUUAUUAUAUUGAUGAUGGGAAGUAAUUGGUGGAUCUUUAAUAACUUCGGUAAUGGGAGUUACUACAAUUUUUUGUCGUUAGAUCAGCCGAACUGAGAGGAGCUGGCUGUCUGUUUCAAUUCGUAUUUUCCGUUUCUGUCUCCGAAGUUAGAAUAUUUGCCUGCGCUGGAGUGGUGGGUUGGUUUGUAUUUGUGUGGAAGUUUGGCCUCUCGUUUCUUUGUCACUUGUGUUGGAUUAGGGUUGGGACUUGGGACAUUUAUCUGCUUAAUAGUUUUGUAUUAUCUAUAUCUACAUAUAUUAUUUAUUCUGGAUUGAGGAGUAGUAGGGGGUUGUUGGUAUUUUGCAAUGGGACCCAAAUCCCCAAUCCCGGGAUCAGGGCUGCCGCACUUUGGAACGCGUGCACGUGGGGGGUUCUUCCCGCUGUUUAACAUGCCAUUUAGUCUCCUCUCCUCUUCUUUGCCUCCUCUUUGGGCUCUCUAGCCCAAAGAUUCCAGUUUCAUUGCUUUGUAAUUGGUAAUUGUCAACUUGUCGAGAGCCAAAAUUUAUGGUUCCUAGUGUUCUGUUUCACUGCGAUCGUGCUGAUCCAUCUUCUCUUGUUUUCCGCAAAUGCAGGGUAGUGUUGCUACUGCUGCGGAGAUCACUAGCACUGGAACCACCACCGCGAAGAGAACUAGAAGAAAGAAGACACUAGCUGAACUUAGAGAAGAGGAAUACUUUCUCUGGAAGCAAAGGACACACCUAAAAAAGGAAAUAGAAUCUCUACACGCUACAUUUAAGGACGAGAGAACUAUAAACGAGAAGCUGAAGCGAAUCAAGAUCGACUUGGAUUCGAAUUAUUCCGUCCCCUCCAACGAUAUUGCUUCUUUUGAAGAAGGGGAAAAAAUAACAGAGGAACAGCCUACUACUCAACCUUCCUCAAACAAAGUUCUGCUUCAUCAAUCAGAGUCUUGUAGCAGGACAGAUGAAACAAGUUGCAGUCGGGAUGCUUCCUUCUUGCUCCCUGACCUGAACAUGACGCCCUCCGAAGAAGAUCCUCCAUCAGCUCAUUAGCCUGGUGGUGGGCACCUGCGUCCCAUUAGGAUAGUUAACCACAUAGUACACUUUGCUCUGCUUCGUCAGUUCGUUCGUUGGUUCAGUUCUUUCGUUGGUUCGACUCCCUGCCCUCCCAAAUAAGGUAUGCUGGGGAAGAUCGAACUCAGCCCUUCAAUCAUAAGAUGAUGAUGGCAAAAGAGGUGUGGGUGGUGUUGUAGCAUUGUGAAAUAACCUUGUUGCAGCUUAGCUAGUUGAAAGGGAAAGGAAGAGUCCCCUACUUUUUUUUACUGAAGGUGGGGGCCUCUCACUGCUUUCUGACCACUUCUCUUGGUGGUGUCGUCCCUCCUCCAGAAUGAAGGCCAGCUGCUGAUGCAUGUAUAAGGAAGUUUCUCUCUUCACUUCUCUUCUCCAUUAGCUGUUGAAGAAAAUGCCAAUGAAGGCCUUACUGCUGUAGAGUAGUGACAAAUAGGCAAUAGCCCCCAGCCCCCCACUAUUAGAAUGUGCAGAGAUAAAUAUAAAAAUAGCAGAUAUAUAUAUUUGUUCUGUAGCAAGUUUAGCUUUUCCUCUUUUCGUUCAUCCCAACAAAAACCUGUGGGGUAAACUCUCAUUACUUCUGUUUGUUUCUUCUUCUAAUCACUGUUACCUCUUGGAGAUUUUUUGUAGCGCAGUUGCUGUAUCUGUUUGGAUUAAGGGAAGCUAAUUUUUUGUUAACUAUUUUGCUUUGUAUUCUUCGCGUGAUAAAUGAUUGAUGAUGGAUAAUUCUUUCUAGUGAAUGUAU